CUUGCGAGUGAUGAUCAGCGAGACCAGCGGCAAGAGAGGGCGGGACCAGUCAAGUGGAGCGGGGGUGGCGGGAUCGGCGGCGCAGUUGCUGCCGUUCUUGAGCGCCGAGCAGACGGAGAAGGCCAAGGAGAUGUCGACCAAGUUCAUUGGCAGACUUGGGAAGGUUGCAACCUCUUGGUCCCGGUUCUUGCGUGGCGAUGAAGACGAACCGAUGGAACAGCAGCAGGCCGAUCCAUUAGCCAAGGCGUUUGCAGAAAUAGAUGCACAGAAGGAGGCAUUCUACCGCACACCGUCCAAAGCGAGGAUGACGGAGAUCACUCGUCGCUACCAGCAUAUUGCAGAGGAAUAUGCAUAUCUGAACAACCACGAGGGUCACGUCGAACGCGCGAUUUCCGAGCUGCAAACUUUCAUUGAGCACCCCAAGGCUCAGCGUAUUCUCAUGGAAACAUGCGCCUACGAGCAAUCUACCAAGGGCAUUCGCGUUGGCCCCGCAUAGACUUACAACCCACUCAAGCACCGGCAAACC